GAGGGGGCGGCCUUGACUGCCCCGCGGCUACCGGCAAACAUUACACAAGACUGCCUCCGCCUCCAACGCGGCGACUCCUGCUCACCUCAUCGAAAGCAUCGCAAUCCAUAGCAGUGUCAAUGCACCGUUCGAGAGGGCGAGGCAGACUCAGCAAGGUAAACAAGAGUCAUCGUGAGCAUCAGCUGCCGCCCGGUGCUGCUGGCGCUGCUAGGGGGCUUACGACACAGCAAGGAGGGGGAGCAGCCCUUACACUGCCCAGGCGGUGACAGGAGGGUACGGGCGGGGGAAAAGCCAUUAUAAGGAGGUUCAAAUAAAAAGGAAAGAGGACAACACUUCCCCGCAGCAGGCGAGUCAGGAGGCGACCACAGCAGCGGCCGGCCCCGGCGUGGCGUGGCCCGUCACCCCCAGCCUUGCCCCGCCACCCCCAGCCUUGCCCCUGUCCGCCCUGCCCGUCCCCGAGGCAUGGCGGCGAGCAGGCAGGACGGCGCCGACCUGGAGCCCCACGCCGCGGCCCCUGAAAAGCCGUGCCGCGCGUGCACCGACUUCAGGUCGUGGAUGAAGAGUCAGCGGGCGAGCAUCGGCGGCGGUGAGGCCCCCGCCAGGCCGGGUAAGACUACCAUUGGUAUGGAUAAGGCAAUGGCAGCAGCAACAUCUACAGCUACACAAUCAACAACAGCAGCAAUGGCAGCAGCAUCAAAUGCAGCUGGCAGCUCCGAGCAAAAACAGAGGGAAGGGAAUAGUACCACAGUCCCAUCUAGCACUGGAGUUGGGGAGAAUGAGGAGGAUCCACCACUUUGGGGUGACGCAGCUAAACAAGGAUGCCCAGCAGACAGUGUGGCGCUGGGACGCGGCUCCUGGCGUUUACUACACACAAUGGCUGCUUACUACCCUGCUGAACCCUCUGCCCAGCAGCGCCAAGACAUGCACUCCUUCAUCACACUUUUCUCCAAGUUCUACCCGUGUGCACCGUGUGCUGAGGACUUCCGGGAAUGGCUGAGGACCAACACUCCAGCUGUGGACUCCCAAAACAGUCUGUCCCGUUGGUUCUGCAAUGCCCACAAUGAGGUCAACAAGAAGCUGGGCAAGCCUAUAUUUGACUGUGAUCGCGUCAACGAGCGAUGGCGGGACGGCUGGUUGGAUGGCUCGUGUGACUGAGGGGUAAACACCCGUUAUUGUUGUGUACAUGGGAAGAGAAUUUGUGUGCAUCAAAUGGCUGUUAUCUCUAGUGCUCUAUCUUUAUACUGUCAGUGGAGUUCUAAACAUAUUUUUAAGUCUUGUGUAUAUUGAGGUGAAUAUAUUUGUAAUUUAUAUUGUUUUCCAUAUUUCAUGACUGCACAUGCAAAAAUUUGGAGUAGGCUAUGCAAAACAGAUGUUUCUUGAACUCUUUUAAAACCCAGGUUUCUUAGGGUUUGCUCACAAGAGAAGUAUCGUACACAUGAGAAUUAAGUCACCUCUUGGGAUAAAAACUUUCCCGGUGACAGGAAGACCAAGUGGAUAAAGAGGAGACUCAUAUGGGAAACAAGGUACAAAAAUAAAAGAGUUCCAUCAAAUGAUAAA